CACAAGGACGAAAAGGAGACCAAAUGAGACCAAAAUCAAAGCAUUACGCUUUUGCCAUUUCUUCACGUCUAGGAUACUCCUUUCCUGUAUCAGGAAUGAAUGAUAAGAUCUCAGUUUCAAUGGGUUCGGGAGCUUCGAUUCUGUUGAGUUUUGUUUCCGGCCGUUGACUUCGGAGAUUUCUGGAGUGGGUAUUUGGGGGAGCAAUGAGGAGUUGCGGCAGCAUGGCAGAAGAAUCCGUCACAGGGCUGCCAAACCCUAGUUCUCAAAAAUUGGAGAGGCCGCCGCUGCUGAAGAAGUCGAGAACCAUAGCGUCGGAUGAGGGAUGCUCCACGCCACACUUUCCGGGUCCCCUGUUCCCCGCCGUUCGUCGGGUCACCUCGCUUCCUUCGUCCCCUGAUCGUCGUGAUUCCGUUGCGUCCAGAAAGCAAAGUAGUACCACAAGCAGCAGCAAUGCAACCAAUUUUAAUAACGUUAACAACGUGGAUGUGGGUAGUGCAUCAGAAAGGGAUUGGCUUUACCCACCGUUUCUAGGCCCACAUGCCGCCAGGAAAAGGGUAGUUACGGUGAAGCCAUCUAAGUCGCAGAGCAGAGGUGGUGGUGGUGAUGAGCGAGUAGCAGGCGGGGCGCAGGUCAAGCCGGAAGAUGAGAACCAGCGGCCUGGGAGUAAUAGGAAGGAGGAAGCGAGGAAUGUGAGGAGUCAAGUUUUGCCGACUCAUUCAAGAGCUGUGAGUCAGUCCUGCGCCAGGGGGACUCUCCGAUCAAGAUUGAAACAUUCCCUCAUCCUUUACUUGAGAAUUUUUAUGGGAAUAUUCACAUUAUGUUAUACGUUUCACUUGCAAUAUGCAGUUUGGAGGUUAGAGGGAGAGAAUAUUAACCUUCGUAGAUGGUGUAACAUAAAAGAUGUCGUUGGUGACAGCAAAAUUGAAGUUUUGCAGACUGAAGAUGAUGGUUCAACGUUGUCUUUUGGUGAUACUGACAACAAAACUAUUGCUCUAUACACAGUGGUCUUCACACUGAUUAUGCCUUUUAUAUUGUGCAAAUAUCUUGAUUAUCUUCCAGAAACACAAUCUCUCUCAAAAAGAAUGAAGGCUGACAAGGAGGAGGUUCCCUUGAAGAAGAGAAUUGCAUAUAUGGUGGAUGUGUGUUUCUCUGUAUACCCAUAUGCAAAGUUGCUUGCACUCCUUUUUGCAACUAUAUUUCUUAUAGGAUUUGGUGGGUUAGCAUUGUAUGCAGUUAGCGAUAGUAGCUUAGCAGAAGCACUUUGGCUUUCAUGGACUUUUGUGGCCGAUUCUGGAAAUCAUGCUGAUAGAGUUGGACUUGGUCCCCGAGUUGUAUCUGUCUCUGUAAGUGCAGGAGGCAUGCUGAUAUUUGCAAUGAUGCUAGGGCUUGUCUCAGAUGCAAUCUCAGAGAAGCUUGAUUCACUGCGAAAAGGGAAGAGUGAAGUCAUUGAAAAGAACCAUAUACUAAUUCUUGGAUGGAGUGACAAAUUGAGUUCACUAUUAAAGCAACUUGCAAUUGCCAACAAAAGUGAAGGUGGUGGUGUGAUAGUUGUACUUGCUGAAAGAGACAAGCAGGAAAUGGAGAUGGAUAUAACAAAGCUAGAAUUUGACUUUAUGGGGACAUCUGUUAUUUGUAGGAGUGGUAGUCCUCUAAUACUGGCUGAUUUAAAGAAGGUUUCAGUAUCAACGGCUCGUGCAAUUAUUGUAUUAGCUUCUGAUGAAAAUGCAGAUCAGAGUGAUGCACGCGCUUUGAGGGUUGUACUCAGCCUAACUGGAGUAAAGGAAGGGCUGAGGGUUCCUGUUGUGGUAGAGAUGAGUGACAUUGACAAUGAGCCCCUGGUGAAGCUAGUGGGAGGAGAACUUGUUGAAACAGUUGUUGCACAUGAUGUGAUUGGGCGCUUGAUGAUUCAGUGCGCUUUGCAACCUGGUCUUGCUCAGAUAUGGGAGGACAUUCUGGGGUUUGAGAAUUGUGAGUUUUACAUCAAAAGAUGGCCACAAUUGGAUGGUUGGUGUUUUGGAGAUGUGCUUAUUUCAUUCCCUGAUGCAGUUCCUUGUGGAAUUAAGGUUGCUGCAACUGGUGGGAAGAUAAUAUUAAAUCCAGAUGAUAGAUAUGUAUUAAGAGAAGGGGAUGAAAUUCUUGUUAUAGCCGAGGAUGAUGACACUUACACUCCAGCCCCCCUACCAGAGGUACAUGGGGGUUUUUGCCCAAAUUUAGAUGAUCCUCCAAAAUAUCCGGACAAAAUACUAUUCUGUGGCUGGCGCCGAGAUAUUGAUGAUAUGAUAAUGGUUUUAGAGGCACUCCUGUCACCAGGUUCAGAGCUGUGGAUGUUUAAUGAGGUUCCAGAAAAAGAAAGAGAGAGGAAGCUAAUUGAUGGCGGACUUGAGAUUUCUGGAUUAACAAACUUAAAACUUGUCCACCGUGAGGGGAAUGCUGUCAUUAGACGGCAUUUAGAGAGUCUUCCUCUGGAGACUUUUGAUUCUAUACUAAUUCUUGCAGAUGAGUCUGUAGAGGAUUCUGUCGUGCAUUCUGACUCAAGAUCACUUGCCACCCUUCUCCUUAUUCGAGACAUACAGUCAAAACGUCUCCCUUGCAGAGAUACAAAGUCAACUUCUUCACGGCCAUCUGGAUUCUCUCACAGCUCUUGGAUUCGGGAAAUGCAGCAAGCUUCAGACGCGUCAAUAAUCAUUAGUGAAAUUCUGGAUUCUAGGACAAGAAACCUCGUGUCUGUCUCCAGAAUCAGCGAUUAUGUGCUAUCAAAUGAAUUGGUAAGUAUGGCCUUGGCAAUGGUGGCCGAAGACAAGCAAAUUAACCGCGUUCUCGAGGAACUGUUUGCAGAGCAGGGAAAUGAGAUGUGUAUCAAACCAGCAGAAUUCUACAUAUGUGACCAGGAAGAGCUUUGUUUCUAUGACAUAAUGAUCCGUGGUCGCCAAAGACUAGAGAUUGUCGUUGGUUAUCGCCUUGCAGACACUGAGCAUGCCAUAAUUAACCCUCCAAAUAAAUUAGAACAAAGAAAAUGGUCACUCAAUGAUGUUUUUGUCGUCAUCUCUUCAGGUUCCUGAAUCAGAGAAAACACAGGUGCUCCUCUUCUAAUGUUGCUAAUCCUUCUUCACAACCAUCCAUCCCACUUUUCUAAUUGUUGCAUUUACAAUUGUAACUUCAACUCUGAAUAUUUUGAGGACAUAGUAGGUAGAGAAGUCUUGGUGUUAGGCUUCUAACCCAGGACUUAUGUUUUAUUAUUUGACAAUAUCAGUCUUAUAAAAAUGAGUUAAUUUU